CCGUCUUCUCUUCUCCAGUCGCGUCCGAGGGGGUUGCGGGUCUAGUCACCCUACGCCCAGCACACAGCAAUGGCAACCCUUGGGUUCGGUUGCCUGGGAGAGACAGACAGUGCACAGGCGAUAGAAAGCUGGCAACUCGAGUCGUAUGGUCCAAGUUGGAUUGAUGAGAAUCAACGCCAAAAUGUCGCCAAAGGAUAUCGAUCAAGCGACACUGGCUGCUGUGGCUGCGGCAUGCCAUGUAUCGCCCGACGACAUUGACCAUGUCUACGAUUGUACGCCGCUCCAAGUAGCGACCAUGGCCGAGUCCACGAUUCAUCCUGGCGCCAGUGUCUUCCAGUUCAUUCUCAGCCUCUCCUCGUCAGUCAAUGAGGACCGGUUCUGCGAGGCUUUGGAGCAGGUUGUCUCGCUGAACCCCAUACUACGCACGAGGCUCGUCGAUGGCCCAUCAGGACUGCUCCAAGUUGUCACGAACCAGAAACACGACACGUCACGCUUCAAGGAGGCAAACGAGAAUGAUACAGAUCUAGCGCGGUAUCUGGAGAAGAAUAAAUCACAGCCACUGGGCCUGGCCAUGCCCCUUUUUCGAUCUGCCAUUGUCGGAUCCCAUCUUGUCCUGACGAUGCAUCAUGCCAUCAUGGACCACGCCUCCCUAACCCCUUUAUUCCUCGACACAUUCGACGUCUACCAUGGCCAUCAGCCUGUGCAGCGUGCAGACUUCAACGAGUUUGUAGAUCACUGCUUGCACAUCGACGACACAGUGGCAAAGGAAUUCUGGAAAUCCCAAUUCCAGGGCGCCCCUACUGUCUUCCCACCCGUUGACCGCGGACACAUGCCACUGGGGACUCUCAAGAUGACUCGCGAGGUUGCUCUGAAUGAUACCAAAGUGUCCGCAGCGCAUGUUCCGUCGUUUCUCGAGACUGCCUGGGCCAUGACAGCUGCCGUCUACACGAGCAGUGAAAAUGUAGCUUUCGGGCUCGUUCUCUCAGGUCGCCAAGCUGCUGCGUGUCCUGCUGCCGCCACGACCCUGGGCCCUACCAUUGCCAUUGUGCCCUUGCAGAUCAGCCUCAGUCGCGGCAUGACGGUGGGGAGCAUGCUGAAGACCAGGGCUGCAGCGCGCCGGCAGUUGCAGAACAGUCCAUCCCUCCAAUAUGGUGUGGCCAAGAUCAAGACGACCAGCGAUGCCGCUAGUGCAGCCGCAGGAUUCCAAACAUUGCUCAACGUACGUCCUCGCUGGCACGACGCUUCCGACGGUGACGGCAGCGCAGAGCCCUUGGUGACAUACCGGGAUAUGGAGGAGCCAACGGGCGCCUUUGCUCUCACCUUGAAUUGCGACCUAGGCGAAGGCGGAGCUGUACAUGUCCACUCGGUGGCGGAUCCCACUGUCAUCCCUCAGCAGCAGCUGGCGAGGAUACUGUCGCAAUUCGAGCACUACCUGAAGGCGCUAACACAGGCCAGCCAUGAGACAAAGCUGGAACACAUCCCGCACCUUAGCGCAUCUGACUUUGAGGAGAUCAAAAGUUGGAACAGUACCCCUUGGACAGAUGUGGACUUUUGUCUCCACGAUCUCUUCCGCUCCCAGGCCAAGAAAACACCAACUUUAACAGCGGUGGAUGCCUGGGAUGGACGUGCCACGUUCAGGGAGCUGGACGACAUGUCUGACACCCUAUCCCACGAAUUGCAGAGAAGAAAAGUCUCUGGGUGUCUUGUUGGGUUCUGCUUUGAAAAGUCCAUCUGGGCUGUCGCCGCCAUGCUUGCCAUCCUGAAGGCUGGGGGUGCCUGCGUGCCCCUUUCAACCUCCGAUCCCGCAGCCCGCAGGAAGGACAUCAUCGCGCGGGCUUCGAUCAAGCUUCUUCUAUUGUCUGGCCCUGAGGCCGAGAAUUGCGCCGAUCUUGGUGUGGACGUGAUGGAGGUGGACGCAUCGUCUGUCUCGACACUGUCCAGCGGCCCUAGGGAUGAUGGCGAGGCUGCACUUAGGUCUGCAGAAUCCCUUGCGUUCGUCAUUCUUACAAGCGGCAGCACCGGUGUGCCCAAGGGCGUCAUGCUGUCCCACCGCAACCUCAGAUCUUCUGUCAGUAACCUGAUCCAACGGUUCGGUUGGCAGGCUGGCGGGCGUAUGCUUCAGUUCGGCUCAUACGUCUGGGACAUCCAUCUGGGAGAGACCUUUGGUGCGCUGCUAUCAGGAGGUACUCUCUGCAUACCCUCUGAAGAAGACCGGCGCUCCAGGCUGGCGCACUGCAUCACGUCGAGCAGGAUAGACUGUGCAUGGCUCACACCGACCGUCAUCCGCACACUCACGCCGGACGAGGUACCCGGCCUCAAGACGCUGAUAUCAGCCGGUGAACCCGUGGCCUCUGAUGCAUCCACGACGUGGGGGAAACGUCUGGAUCUGUUCAACGGCUGGGGCCCCUGCGAGACGUCCAUCGUCAGCGCAGUAGCAGGGCUCAGGCCAGAUGCCCCUUAUCCAGAGACCAUUGGCCGGCCAGCAAACUGUGCCAUUUGGCUCACUAACCCAAAGGACCCCAAGCAACUCGUGCCGAUCGGUGCUGUUGGCGAGAUCCUGAUUGACGGACCUGGUGUGGCACAAGGCUACCUCAAGGACGAAGUGAAGACAAAAGCCGCCUUCAUCGAACGGCCCGCUUGGCUUCCAUCGCUAGACGACAACUCUAGAGACCGCCGUCUGUACAGAACAGGGGACAUGGCUCGCUACAACCCAGACGGCAGCAUCUGCUUCGUUGGCAGACAAGACGACCAGGUCAAGAUUCGCGGUCAGCGUCUGGAUCUGGGAGAAGUCGAGAGCGCACUUGGCAGCUGUGCUGCGGUGAGGAAUGUGCUCGCCACCACAAAGAUUAUUGACGGUCGCACCCAUCUAUUGUCCAUCAUUGCGCUCAUGGAUCCUGCCCUCCCCCGGGAGAGCAUAUUAGGAGAGCUUUCGGAAAAACACGCACAAACCGUGGCUGGCCACCUCCGGGCCAUCCGUGAUCACGCCCAGAGUCGUCUACCUUCCUACAUGAUACCAACAGCGUACUUAUUCGUCGAGAGAAUGCCCCAGACCCCGUCAACGAAGCUCGACCGCGCUCGCGUCAAGCAAUGGGUCAAGGACAGGAAGGAUCUCGGUGCGGCCGUGAAAGCGUCCGCGAGUGCCCUGGCGAGUAGCGAAACUGCGACGUCGCUUCCAGAUACGCCCGAUGAGCAGUUGAUCCAAUCCGUGUGGUCGUCUGUGCUGAACAUACCAGGGGAACACAUUGGCCGCGAGUCCUGCUUCGUCACUUUGGGCGGAGACUCGGUUUUGGCGAUGCAUGCUGCCAGUCAAUGUCGGAAAGGGGGUCUCGAGGUGACGACGGUGUCAUUGUUGCGGAAUCUACCGCUCCAUCUCAUUGCUGAGAAUGCGAGAACCUCACAAGAAGAUCCGGCCCAUUCUAUAAAUGAAAAUGGAGGUGAAGUGUCCUCCAAUGUUGAUAUUCUUGACCGUGACGACUUGGACAUCAAGAUGGACUUCAAGCCCAACAACAUUGAGGCGAUUGUUCCAGCCACGGACGGACAGGCCACAAUGCUCGCGGUCGGUGAGUUGGAAGGACGCGGGUAUUACGUCGACUUUGUGUUGAAGUUUGAAACGAGCCUUGACGCAGAGAAGCUCCGGCGCGCUUGCGUGCAAGUGAUAGAGCAGCAUGCGAUACUGCGGACCGUCUUUGCUCGAGUUGGUCGGCAGCUCUACCAGAUCGUCUACAAUAGAAACAGCUGGCAGGCGGACAUGGUGGCAGUCGUCACUGCGGAGGCAGAAAAUGAGCACACAGACAGAAAACAGCUAUCCUUUCGCCAAGGCGCUCCUCUGGCGCGUUUCCACAUCACAGCCUCGACUCAGGGGGGAUGCGAGGCGCUGCGUCUGGAGAUUCACCAUGCUCUGUACGACGCGGUGUCCAUGGGACUCAUUAUGAGUGACCUGCAGCGAGGAUACAUCGCGACCGAAUCUACCUCCAAAAGUGGUUUAGAUUUCCACCGCUGGGUGACACAUGUGCAAGCCCUCGAACAAACGCAGUCACACGCUUUCUGGAAGUCGGCGCUGCGCGAAGCAUUCAUGUCCGCACUGGUGCCCGUUCCCAAGGGCGCGACACGCAACCAACAGCUUCUCGACCAACAGAAGGAAGUCCGCAUGUCACUUGACGGCUUGAAGGCGAUCCCUCGGGUGACACCCUCCAGCGUCCUGAAAGCAGCCUGGACAUUACUCCUUUCCCAGGCUCUCGACACAGACGACGUCGUCUUUGGCGAGGUCAGCGCCAACCGUUACCUGCCACUCGCGGGUGUAGAAGAGGUUCGUGGUCCUUGCGUGAACCAGGUGCCUGUUAGGACCCGAAUCGACAAGAGCACGACACUCGCCUCACUCGUCGCUGCGAUUCACGAGCAGCAUCUCGCCAGCCUGCCGCAUCAUCACAUCGGGACCCGGUCCAUCAUCCAGGAAUGCAGCCCCUGGCCAUCGUGGACUCGCUUCAGCACAGCGGUCGUGUAUCAGAAUCACCACUCUGUGGUGAUUGACCAGACGCACAACAUGUGCGGUGUGGAUUGCAAGCUUACCGUGAAAGGACAGCUGGGCGAUGCGACGGAUCUUCAUGUCGUGGCGAUACCUCAUGGCGAUGAGCUUGUCGUCACGUUGCUCUACUCACCUGACACAUUCUCGGACGAGAGGAUCCAGUGGAUUAGCACGCGACUGGAACAGAUCUUGCGUCUCUUGCCGUUCUCUCUGGAACAAAGUGUUGGGCACUUUAGCGAGGCCUUGGGUGGUACUUCCUACCCUUCUGUCGACGUGCCAUCUACAGCGGCUGCAACGAACGGAACGCGUCUGGAAGAAGCUGCUUCACCUCAGACGCACAAGGUCGUGGCCGAAGCUUGGAAAGAGUUGGGUCUUUCGCCAGGAGGGCAGACAGAGCAAGAGGACGCGCAGUCACAGACAAUGUGGGACUGCGGAGCGGACAUAGUCACGGCUCUACUGUUGUCUGAAAUGUACCGUUCUUGUGGCUACGACAUCAGCACCAAGGACGUUGUCGAGAAUCCAAGUCAAAUAGCUCAGACACGGCUGCUGGACGGAGGCUUCGGUCCUAUAACAGGAUAGCAAGAUAGACCGAGAAGAGAACA